CCCCACCACCACCACGCCAGAGAAUACGCCCAGUGGCUGAAGCGUAGCAGGUGCAGUGAACACGGCACAGUAGGCAGAGAGAUAACCCCAACAAACUCCGAAGGAACCAAGCAUGGGGACGCAAGCGCCGCCGGCGGCUAGGGAGAUCGCGGCGGUGGGUGUGAUCGGCGCGGGGCAGAUGGGCUCGGGCAUCGCCCAGCUCGCCGCCGCCGCCGGCUGCGGCGUCUUCCUCCUCGACUCCGACCCGGCCGCCCUCUCCCGCGCCGUCGCCUCCAUCUCCUCCUCCCUCAGCCGCCUCGUCUCCAAGGGCCAGCUCUCCCAGGCUGCGUGCGAUGAUUCCGUCAAGCGGAUAAAGUGCGUCUCCCAUGUGGAGGAGCUGCGGGGCGUGGAUCUUGUGAUCGAGGCCAUCGUGGAGUCCGAAGAUAUCAAGAAGAAGCUGUUCGUGGAGCUGGACAGGAUCACCAAACCUUCUGCCAUUCUUGCGUCCAACACCAGCUCCAUUUCGAUAACCCGGCUCGCCUCAGCUACCAGCCGCCCCUCUCAGGUGAUAGGCAUGCACUUUUUCAACCCUCCUCCUAUAAUGAAGUUGGUUGAAAUAAUACGAGGAGCUGAUACAUCAGAAGAGGUUUUCUCUCAAGUUAAAUCUUUUUCUGAAAGAAUUGGGAAGACCGUUAUAUGUUCACAAGAUUACCCCGGCUUCAUUGUGAACCGCAUCCUAAUGCCGAUGAUUAAUGAAGCAUUUUGGACACUUUACACGGGGGUGGCAACCAAAGAUGACAUCGAUACAGGGAUGAAGCUCGGCACGAAUCAUCCAAUGGGCCCUCUGCAGCUUGCUGACUUCAUAGGCUUAGAUGUUUGCCUUUCAGUACUCAGGGUGCUCCACAACGGACUAGGAGAUAACAAAUACAGCCCUUGCCCUCUUCUUGUCCAAUAUGUCGAUGCCGGACGACUUGGAAAGAAGCGCGGACUAGGUGUAUACUCUUAUGGGAGAAGCUCUUCAUCGGUUAAACCCAAGUCAUCUCUGUAAACAUUUCUGUGCGGCUGUUGAGCAAAGAAAUGAAGUUGUGUAUGUACUUUGUAUAUCAGUGGAAGAAAACAAGAAGACCAAAAGUAGUACUCCUUCCGUCCGGAAAUACUUGUCUUAGAAAUGAAUAAAAUGGUUGUAUCUAUAACUAAAAUAAGUCUAGAUACAUUCAUUUCUAGGACAAGUAUUUCGGGACGGAGGGAGUAGUACAUGUAGUCACUCAGCAUCGCAAUAACAGGCUUAUGCGGGCUUGGAUCUGUAGCAGAGCUUGUCAAAUAAGCUUAUGUAAAACCAUGGGUGUUUAGGGGUUCAAGGUGCCAUGUGAAACUUUUACAUGUAAAAAUCAUGAAAUUUACAUACUUAGAUACCUGGAAA